ACAAUGGAUCGAUUCAAUCAUAUCACAUGAGAUCCCCUUAAUGAGGAGCUAAUUUGCACAAACUGCUUUAUGGAGCCUUGCGAGUAGUCUGUUGGAGUUUAGUAGUGCCUCAGAGCUAUGGUUCUGCCUUAUUUGCAGAAACUUGUACGAUGAUACCAUUAGCAGCUAACAUGUGCUGGGCGAUGAUUCGGAAUCGUAACGUAUUCCGAGUUUUGAUCUGUUUCCUGGAGCUUGUAGCUUUACAUGGAGGAGCUGGGGAGAAACAAGCGCCUGCCGAGAGGGAGAUUAGAGACCUGGGUCCCCUCAUCGAGAUGUUGGCUGGAAAAGUUAGUCCCCGUCCUCCGCUGCCCUCGAAACAGGGGAUGGAUGAUCAACACAUGGAAUACAUGGCCACUCUCUACAAGCAGUUAGCAGAUCGAGAUGGGAAGCCUAAAGUUAACCGGACCAUUAUGACUAACACCAUUCGGUUGGUGAAACCCAGUGCAAGUGUCCUGCUCGCCGACUCCGGUAAUUGGCAUGUGCAUCACGUUCAAUACAAUCUGCAUUAUCUUCCGGAGCUGGAGCACUUGAUUAAAGUUGUUGUUGUCUAUUUGCACAGUCCUCUUGCCAAUCAACUUUUAGUUUCUUGUGAAAUCAGAUGUCUCCUUGCGAAUUAUGUUAAUCUAAAUUUCAUACAGAAUGUCACUGAUGUAGAAUUGCCCAUAAGGUUUAUAUUAAACCUGAAUGAACGAUGGGCAGAAGCUGAUGUAACUCCUUGUGUCUUUCUCCCAACUGGUAAUUCUGUGAAGAAAGUUGAUCUGCACAUCAGUUACAGGUGUGCUGAAUUUGGAAAAGUCAAAGAAAGAACUCUGGACAAAAGAAAAAACUAUGCUGUCCGUUUACAAGUGCCUUCUCUGCUACUAUAUUUAAAUGACACUGAUAAAACUGCACAUCAAAGACAGGAAAAAUCAGAAACACAAUCCCUGGAGGGUUCAUCCAAAUCCCGUGUGCUGUCUAGGAAGCCACGACAACUAAGCAACAUUGGCUCAGUCAUUCCUAACUAUCUUAAGAAAAGUCCUCCAAGGAACAAAUGCGAGCUCCAUUCAUUCUGGGUAAGCUUUGCCCAAUUGGGUUGGGAUCAUUGGAUUGUGGCUCCUCAUAGGUACAAUCCAAAAUUCUGCAGGGGAGACUGUCCUAGAAUUCUUCACUAUGGUUACCACUCUCCAAAUCAUGCCAUAGUGCAGAAUUUUAUUAAUGAAAUUGUUGAUAAAAAUGUGCCCCGUCCAUCUUGUGUCCCUCUGAAAUACAGUCCAAUUAGUGUCCUUCUGAAGGAACAAAAUGAUCACAUUGUGUACAAGGAGUACAAGGACAUGAUUGCUGUGUCUUGUACUUGCAAAUAAACUUUAGUGCCGAUUGUCAAUUCUAGAUAAUUUGGGGCUAGUUUAGGAAAAUAGAGUGCACUACAAUGUGAGAUAGUUAACAUAAAAUGUGUAAAGUAAAUUGGUCUGGUCAUGUUUAUGUAAUCACAUUGAUCAAAGCAAGUCAUAAAAUGGCUUGCUUUUGAAUUUAGUUGCAAUGAAGGCUUAUUUCUGCAUUCUUCCUGCUAUCAUUUAUGGGAACCUGAGUUCAUAGUGCAAAUGUAGCCCUUCAGUAUCACACUAAAGUUUAGCUUUGCAAAGACUGUUGCAGCAGGGGGGAAAAGGCAAAGUGGGUGUCCCAAGAACCUUCUGCAAAGACAAUGAAAAUGCUGAGACCAAUAUACUUGAUGUGGCAAGAAAUUGAUUCUGUAGUCUAAAUUUAAUGUAUUUAUAAUUGUGAUUUUUGUAAAUAUCAUUAUUCCAGUUUAUGCUAAACUUUGUCAAUCUUUUAUAUUAAAGUUGUCAAGUCUAAUACUGUUGACCCAUUGAAAAAAGAAUCCUUUCAAGAAAAUGUAAAUACUCAAAUUUUAACUCCUCCAGAAUUAGGAUUCCACCAAAGUUACUUCACCUGAGCUGCAGUAACCUUUUUAAGCCAUAUCAUGGGAACUUGCUAUUGCUUCAGCUGUAGUUUCACUUGAGGGUAAUUCACUAGGUGAUUCAGGAAGCCCUGAUAUAAAUUGCAAGAGUGAAUGUCUGCACCUUCAUUGUAGGUAGCUUUUCAUUAAGAUGAUGCACAAGAUAAUACAAGGGUGUGGAGAUUAGCAGGUGGGUGGGAGCUGAGGGAAGCACCCAAUGAUUGGGGG